AUGAAAUUUGAAGUCAAUAUAACACCAAUCAGGUUUGUUUACCGAGUGAAAAUACACGAAGAUAGGGUGAUACUCAAAGUGAGACAAUCCACAGCUGCUGAAUCAUGGGCUGUACGGCGUGCAUGCAGGUUGGCCGUAGAAGAGCAUUGCCAAGCUGAUGAUAUUUGUAGGUACAUGAAGAAGCUCCCUUCAAUUCAGUUUAAAGCAGUCAAAAGGGAACUAAACCAAUUGGCUGAUCUGAUAGCCUCACAAACCAGAAAUGGCAAUUUGCCUACUUACUGGAGUACUAACCUGCCUGUGAGCAUCAUGCAACUGGUGGAUAAAGAAGCAAGAGAUGGAGUUGGUUUACAUCAGUGCCACUCCUCAAACAAAAUAAAAGAAUGCACUUGUAACAAGGCCAAGUCACAAAGUUUACCAAGAAAGGCAGGCUAUAUCCGCAAACAUAAGUNGUUCCAAAACACAGCUGGACCUCAAGGAGAGCAAGCGGUGGCACUUAUUGUCGCUUCAGACCAUUCCGUCCUAUAUAGAUGUAGCAUCGUGGGCUACCAGGAUACACUAUAUGCCCACACGCUCCGUCAAUUCUACAGGGAGUGCGACAUUUAUGGAACUGUUGAUUUCAUCUUCGGAAAUGCUGCAGCUGUUUUCCAAAACUGCAAUCUAGUGCUUCGUAAGCCACACACUUCAAGUGCCUACAACGUAAUCUUGGCAAAUGGAAGGAGUGACCCAGGACAGAACACUGGAUUCUCCAUUCAGAAUUGCAAGAUCACCACAGCCACAGAUUUUUCUCCAGUCAAACACUCAUACAAUUCCUAUCUUGGGAGGCCUUGGAAAGAGUAUUCGAGAUCAGUUGUAAUGCAAUCGACAAUAGACGAGGCAAUUGCACCGAGAGGUUGGGUGGAAUGGCCGGGGUCUGGGAGUUCCAUUCUGGGGACACUGUAUUUCGCAGAAUACUCUAAUGUUGGGGUGGGUGCUGCAACUGCCAAGAGGGUACAGUGGUCGGGCUUCCAUGUUAUUGGAAAAGAAGAGGCUAUCAAAUAUAGCGUCGGAAGUUUUAUUGCAGGCACAUCUUGGCUACCUUCCACUGGAGUAACUUUUAUAUCUGGUCUUGAGUAA